UUUGUUGGUUAGUAGAUAGUAGGUAUUGUGAAGGAAGACUAUGAAUCCCUGAAAUUUUCAAAAGAGAACUUGUUUUACAGCAAAGAAUGGUAAAGAAAAGGAUGUGAUCAUGUUUUUUUUCUCUUUUGUUUUCUUGAGCUUUUUACAAUUCAAAGAUUGUGACUAGCAAGACUUACUAGACUUCACGUGAUGAUUUUGUGCGUCUGUUUCCAGUUAUUCAAUAGCAACUUUGAGAUAAAAAUUAGGAGCCUGGGUUCCAUUGUUUUCCUGCUCUAAAGUCAUCACUGUUUUUCUCUGAUGUAGAAAGAUUGAGAGAGACCCAUGUUUCCCUUAUGCAUGAAACUAAGCAUGAUCAUGUAAAAUGCGCUGUUAGGCAUUUGGAAAUUGUACUUUGAUCAAAAAAUGCACUUACAUGACACCAUUUUUUCCUUACCCUACAUCUCUCAAUAUGGUAAACAGGGUUGGAUUCAUGGUAUCUAGCUAGCACCAUCAUGAUCAGAUCUCCAUUAAGUUAAAUAAGUUAAAAUUAGUCAAGUGAAGACAGUGACCAUUGUGGCUAAAUAUUCAAACAUCUCAUCAUUUAUUAUCAAUGACCCAUAUUUAAAUUACUCAGUCCACCUCUCUCUUGUUGCCAUGGGGUUUAUGACACUGCAUUUCCAGGAGUAUGUUUCUUUACCAUUACUAGAUCAGUAAUGCUACUGAAAGCGCUGUUAAUGGGUGAAGUGAUUCUUGCAUGAAAGUUCAUCUUGGACAAUCUGUUUUUUGUUUUGUUUUUUUACUUCGAUUUUCAAUAGUGUAUUUUUUUUUUAUCCUUAUCCUUAUACUAAUAGGGAGUAAAAGUAAACAAAGGUGUGCUUUAAUUUGCGGUACAAUAGAACCUACCACCGUAUAAAGUUGUUGGAAAAUGUGUGAUUCUUUCUUUAAUAAAAACUCGUAAUACAAUCCAGAAUCCAGAUAUCCUUACAGCAAGACAUUUGUUUAUCAUAGAAAAUGAGUACAUUUCAAAACUUAGCAACACUGAAAUUUAGGCACUUGAUCACCUAUUAACAAAAACAAAAUCCUCUUUUCAAGUUUCAAUGUCUCAACAUAGAUUCUUCAACGAAAUUUUUUUAACUAAUCAAAUCAUAACAGAUACAGUAUACUUAUUACAGUAUGAAUAGUUAAUGGAACAUUCCAUGGUUAUUAUUUAAAGAUAGGGAACUAAAAAAGAAAAAGUUGUAGUGAGCACUGCUGAAUUCAUGCACUAGUUACUAGUAUAUAUUGUUCAACCCUUGUUAGCAUCAGAACUUACACAUUGAUAUGUGAAAACUUUCAUGAAUUUGAAUCAAUGAAUUGUUUGUGAUGAAAUAAUGGAACUUGGGUAAGGAUGGGGGUAGAGAGCGCAGAGAUUCGAUUGUUUUUGUUUCCUAACAUGAAGAAAGGGAUGGGAGCUGUCCAGAGUCCACACCCUGUUAUCUUGACUCUGAACAAAACCCCUUCCCACAGACCCUUCUGCCAUACCCUUUCCCACAUCCCCAAUUUUGAUACCCAUUUUCCAAACAAAAAUAAAACAAAAAGAUUUAAAUGAAAACAAACAAAGCUAUUACCAACCCCCAAUUUGUAGUUUAAUAUUGAGAAUUUUAUCUUCACUUUCAUAACCCAACAAAUAAUUAUGCAAAAAUCCAAUAAACUCUCUUGCUUACAUCACUACCAUAUCAGACUCUGUCUCCAUUUCUUACCAGUCUCCACUAUUCAUUUCAUGCAGUUGGACAGUAUGUAAUUCAUCACAUAUAGCUUAAAAAACGAUCAUCACAUAUGCUUCGGUACCGACAUACUCCCUUUCAUCCCGAUAUAGAUUCAUGGAUACUAAUUAAGCAGCUAGAAAUGUAUAUCCAUAUCAAAAUGCAUGACCUGGAAAUAAAAACUCUAAGAAAAAGGAAAAAAAAAAUGUAGACAAGAAAUGUAGGAUGAAGACAUCCCAGUCUAGAUAAGGUGGUAUCUUGUUAUCUUCGAAGAAAAAUCUAGUACUACUUACUGUCAAUUUUUUUUUUUUAAGAAACUAGUACUACUUCACCGUGUGAUAUUGAUUACGCGUAGCGUUCUUUUUUACUUUUUAAAGGAAAAAUGUUUGAAAUGAAAGCAGUUAGCUACAUUCUGUUUAAAGGAAAACAACAAUUAUCUCUGUAUUCAAUUUUCAUUCAGAUGGGUUAUAACUACAGGCAGAAACUUCACACGCAUUUCCUCUAUACUUCCUACAAGAAACCCAAAAGAUGGGCUGUAUUUUUCUUUUCUUGUUUUUUCUAUUAUUUGGUGUAAUAAAUAUGCACUGCUUAUUUGCUGAAGCUAUCCAUUUACAUGAAAGGGCAUGCAAUUAAUUAUGCAUAAAUUCUACAUAUUUAGCAUCUCAGGUUUCUAAAGGGUCUCUGAUAUAGGACCGCUUGCUCGAGUGUGUUCAAGAAUGACUAUCUGACUUCAAAUCUAUAACUCUGUAAGAAAACACUAGAAAAAUGAUGUUUUCAGCAUGGAACAUUGAAAUAGGCAUGCAUGGAAGGUGAAACUUCUGCCGAUGUUACCGGCACGGUAGAAUACUCCCAGUCAAUUAAGUGAAAUUCCAAUGAAAAAGUGAAAAUCAGAUUGCUGCCACGUGAGAUUACCACUUAAAGGAGGUGAUGGAUAGUCAAAGAGUGACUACUACUCCCUGUAAAGGGUCUGGCAAACUACCUUUCUUGGGUGUCAGGGGGGAAGGGAAAAAAUUCAAUUGAAUGCCCUAGCUAGAUCUUUAGCUAUAUCUGAAAGCUCCCUUUGGUCAUCAUCAUCUAAUACAUGGUCCACAAAUGGAGAUGGGAUUUGCAAGAAGGAGCUUAUGACAGGUCUAGAGGAAACAGAAGAAACUGGAUAUUAGUAUGGGAAGACGGAUUCUGCAAUUUUGCAGCUUCAAUGGCCGAAGCCGAUUCAGGUGAUUCGUCGGCAUAUAGUGGCAACUGUGAAUUUCAGCCCUUUAAAGGCUUACAACCUGAGCUGUUCUUUAAGAUGUCCCAUGAAAUUUACAACUAUGGAGAAGGAUUGAUUGGGAAAGUAGCUGCAGAUCGUAACCAUAAAUGGAUAUAUAAGGAUCCAAGUGAACAAGAAAUCAAUUACUUGUCUGCAUGGCACAACACUGGAGACUCUUUUCCAAGGACAUGGGAAGCUCAGUUUCAAUCUGGUAUAAAGACUAUUGCUUUGAUUGCUGUUAGAGAAGGUGUUGUUCAGUUAGGUGCUGUUCAUAAGGUUAUGGAAGACCCAAACUACAUUAUUCUUUUAAGGAAGAAGUUUUGUUAUCUCGAGAGCAUUCCUGGUGUACUCUUACCACAUCCAUCAUCAUCUUUACCGAUUCCAUAUGGUGCACCAAACACUUGGCCUUAUCUUUCUCCUCAUCCAACAUCUAUGGAAAUUUUUCAUAACAAUCAUGAUCAUUUCAUGAGUAAUACUCCGCCAUUGAGGAUAACUCCGUCGAUGAGUGCUUUACAAGCACUACUCUCAAAGCUACCUUCUGUUGUACCAACAACAUCUCCCUCCUCAUCGGGAGGCUACUGUGACCAAGCAGGACAGUUUGUAUCGUCUCAAAGGCCACUGGAUCAUCAUCAUCAACUUGGAGAAAUCUCAAUGUCCGCAAAGGAGGAGAUAGAUGAAGAAUACAGACGAGGAAGAGAAGGUGGUGAAAGUAGUAACUCUAUUUCUUAUCAUUAUCAACAGCAACAAGAGCAGCAUGGCCAUUAUAAUCUUAGUAAUGGUAGACUUAGCUAACAAGGGAUUGUGAUAUGUAACGUUACAUUGUCUGGAAGACAGCAACGUCAUCGAUCGAUCCAUUAGUCAUAUCGGUCAAGCAACUUUUGUAUCUUUUAUUAUUGGAGUAAACUUGUAGUUGGUGUUUGUUUUCUUACUUUUAGUUCGAUGUAUAAUCAAAGAUAAAAUUGAAGCAAAUUUAUGCAGCAUUAACUCUUUA